GCCAUGAGCGGAAUUAGAGAGGGUUUCAGUGGUUUCGGAGGAGACACGAAGCCAUUCAGUGACAGCGUGAGGAUGUAUGAAGAGCAAGAGAGGGUGACGUUCCUGAAGAAGAGCCGGAAAAGGAUGGCCAUCAUCGCCAUCUCUUCCGUAGUUCUUGUCGUCGUCGUCGUGGCCACCGUCGUCGGGGCGUGCCUCUCCCGAGGGAACGACAGAGGGGAGGACUCGUCCCAAUCGUUUCAAACGCCGCAGGAGUCGAUAAGGGCUGUCUGUCAGGCCACCUUGUAUCCUCAGUCGUGCUUCUAUGCCCUCAAUAGUUCGAUCGCCGGGCGGAGCAUCACCAACCCGGUGGAGCUUUUCAUCGUGUCCCUCGAGGUCGCCAUGAACGACUUCCUCCGCAUCGUCGACUUGCCGACGAACCUCUCCGUCGGAGUUAACGGGACGCUGCUCUCCACCGCAUUGGGUGAUUGCCAGCUUCUUAUUCAGGACUCCAUCGACAACCUCAACGCCUCCAUUUCAGCUGCUCAGACGGCGUCAGGUGGGAGUGGUGGACUCAACGGAACAGCGGUUGAGGACCUAAGGACGUUGUUGAGUGCGGCCUUGACCAACAUAGACACAUGCCUGGACGGGCUGGAGAACACGACCGGCGGCUUCCUGGAGAGGAUGCAGGUGGCUCUGGGCAACACGACCGAGUUCACCAGUAACAGCCUCGCAAUUGUCACCAAAAUUCUUAGCAUCUUGAGCCAGGUCAACUCGCCGGCGGCGAACCGCCGGCUUCUCGCCGUCCCCACCUCCAGCGAUUUCCCCUCGUGGCUCUUGGCGGCAGACCGCAAGCUGCUGGAGGACGCCGGUGCGCCUGCCAAGGCGGACAUCGUCGUUGCCUUGGACGGUUCCGGCGACGUCCGGAAAAUCAACGACGCCAUCGAGAGGGUCCCCAAGAACAACGCGAAGAGGUUCAUCAUCUAUGUGAAGAAGGGCGUGUACGCAGAGCAUGUGGAGGUUGACAAGAAGACGACGAACCUCAUGAUUGUCGGCGACGGCAUGGAUGUCACCAUCGUUACCGGCAGCCUCAGCGUCGUAGGCGGAACGUCCACGUUCAGGUCCGCCACAUUCGCGACUGUUGGGAAAGGAUUCAUAGCGAGAGACAUUGGGUUCAGGAACACCGCCGGACCACAAAACCAUCAGGCGGUGGCACUCAGGAGCGGCGCCGACUUCUCUGUUUUCUACAGGUGCAAGUUUGACGCCUACCAGGACACUCUCUACGUCCACUCGAACCGGCAGUUCUACAGAGAUUGCCUGAUUACGGGCACCGUGGAUUUCAUCUUCGGAAACGCCGCCGUCGUGCUCCAGCACUGCCAAAUCCGCCCCAAAGAGCCGAUGCCCGGCCAGAAGGACACGAUCACAGCGCAGGCGAAGUCUGACCCGAACCAGAACACUGGGAUAUCAAUACACGGAUGCGAGAUAUUGGCGCCGAACUCAACCACCAUAAAGGCUCAAGUAUUCCUGGGCAGGCCAUGGAAGGUGUAUUCCACCACCGUCGUAAUGAACACAGUCAUCGGAAGCUUGGUUGAUCCUGCUGGUUGGCUUCCAUGGACGGGAGAUUCUGCGCCAAGCACCAUCUUCUAUGCUGAAUUUAACAACACCGGACCUGGAAGUUCGACGUUGAAGAGGGUGAAGUGGAAGGGAUAUCAUUCGGACAUCUCUCAAGCACAGGCCUCGAAAUUCACAGUUGCCACCUUCAUUGGUGGGAGCAGCUGGCUUCCUGAUACUGGAGUCCCUUUCACAGCCGGCCUGUAAUAUUGUUCUCUGCUUUCUUAUGUAUUGUAUACGCGCCUUGAUGUUACGUGAUUCUGCCGAUUGCUCC